AAGCAUUUGUUUUAUCUUGAAAGCAUUUCCCAAAUAUCUCCCAAGCCACUUCUCAAGUGUUGUUAUCUUCAAAGCUUCUUCCCAAGCCACUUCUCAAUUGUUGUUAUCUUCAAAGCUUCUUCCCAAGCCACUUUUCAAGCAUCAAGUUUGGAUCAACACUGCAUCUUUCCAAGCAUCUUCUCUAUACCGCAUCUUCUCUACAGUUUCGCAUUAUUGAGGUAUGGCAAAUGACCGAGUGCAUCCUGGGCCAUUACAGGAGGGUGCGUUACCAUUUUAAACCCGUCACCGUAGUAGAGCAAUUUGGACGGAUCCAACGUAUGACGUCCAACUUAAAGCCGUUAAAUACGAUAUGUUGACUAGGUGUGCGACCGUGAAUGAUGAUAGAGUCAAAAUGUGGCUGCGAAUCGCUGGUUUGUAUGGUGUUUCUCAGUUGCCCAAAAUUCAGUUGGAUCAUGGGCUUAUUACCGCCCUUUUAGAGCGAUGGAGGCCGGAGGUCCACGCUUUCCACAUGCCCUUCGGUGAGGUUGGAAUAACUCUUCAAGAUGUUGAAGUGUUAUUCGGUCUUAAGGUCGAUGGACUUUUGGUGACGGGUGAGGAUACAAUUGGCACUCCAGAAGAAGUAAAGUUAAUGUGCCAUCAGCUGUUGGGAUUUGAGCCUGCCAAUAGGUUCAUGUCAACCACCAUGAUUCACGGGUUAGCUGUCCCGGACGUUCAGGCUCUUCAUGCGGAGAACACAGACGAAGAAGUGUUGUUGGCAGCCCGACAUUUUAUAUAUUAUUUAUUAAACGGUUUUUUAUUUCCAGACGCAACCAAAGGGAAAUAUAAAUUGUACUUGCUCCCGUACGUUAGUAAUCUGUACCUUUGUGGUGAAUAUUCUUGGGGUUCGGUUGUUCUGGGAUGUCUUUACAGGGCGUUGUGUAGAGCUUCCGAAGCCGACAAACGUACAGUGUAUGGGUGUCUUCUUCUAGUCCAGAUUUGGGCAUGGGAGAGGCUGCCUAUGUUUCAGCCGAAAGGUGUAUUGCCGCGCAACCAAAUCGCUGACUACCCUAUUGCAUACAGGCGGGUUUGUCGGCAUUCUUGGUUAUCAGUGACUACGCACACUGUCGUAGUCUAUCGCGAUCAAUUAGAUCGCGUAGCUGAACAUAGAUUUAAUUUCACCUCUUACGAUGACUAUCUCGAUGCCUUGCCCCCAUAUUGCAAAGCGGGGAGGAUUUUGUGGACUGCCCGUGUUCCGCUUGUAAUGGAAUAUAUUCUUUCCAACAAACUCCAAACAUAUUCUUCACGAUGAGCUACUUCUCAAAACCAAUCUAAGGGAAUAUAUUCUGUCAUAAUUUCUUUAUAAGCUUAUUUAUAGCCUGCUCUACAUCACCGCUACGUGCUCACAUUGAAGAUUACUUGCUCAGAUUGCAGUUCCCAUUCUACAACUUCAAAGCAUUCAUCAUCGUCGUCGGAACAAUUCCUAUGGUAAAACGUAUGUUGUGUUUGUUGGUCGCCAACCGGGAAUAUAUGACAAUUGGGAGGAUGCAAAAACUCAAGUGCAUCGCUAAAGCGACAACUUGUAUAAAUCAUACAACUCGAGGGAUGAAGCCAUUCAAGCUUUCAACAGAUUCAUAAGUAGUCAACGACAUGAUUCCCGAGCAUGCAGUUCUAAUUCCACUUCAAGUUCCAGCUCCACCGAACCGCAUACUGAUAAGUGCAUUUUUGUCUAUAUUUUUACCCCUUCUUGAACCCUUUUUAUAUGUGAAUAUCCUAAAACCUUGUGUGAAUUGUGACUAAGUUAUGUUGGUUUUAUUUCAAGGUACAAUCAUUCACAACAAGUGAGGAAUUCAAUGAUUUGUGGGAAGAUACGAGCAAUUUUGGGACCAAGAGAUCAAUCAAAGAGUUUGGAAUGCAUUUAAGAAUUUUCAGCAGCCUCGUACCCCCUUGCGUACGCCCAUCCGUCAGCCCAUCCAAGAUCUCAAAAAAGAAGCAGGUGGCGUACGCCCUGCCGUACGCCCAUACGUAUGCCCGUACGCCCUUUCCAGUGAACCAAGAUUAAAUCGUACUGCCUCAGGGAUGGCCAUCCCUAAGGCAGUACCUCUGUGCUCUGUAAAAUAUUUAUGCAAUUUUCUUGGAUUUUUGGAGGAAGUUAGAACCCUAAAUAGCUAGAACUCAUUUCUCUUCAUUUCCUUAGACUUCCUUAGCUUAGACUAGUCUAGUAUUACAUCUCUAACUCAUCUAGCAAGCUUGUAAACGCGGAUUGGAGUGGGAUUCAACCACAAUUUCUUCAUCUUCAAUAGAGAAGCUUCUUACUCUUC